CACACACGGAGCUGGAGCUGAAGUGAAUGUAGAGAGAGAGGAGGGGAAAGCAGAGCUCAAGCGAAAGAAGGUUUUAGCCAGCAGCGAGUGAAGAAAAUGGCGAUCAUGCAGGACGAAUUCCUCCCCUCGUAGAUGCUGCAAACGCGCUGAAUUUCUUUUAGCCUUACAGCCGGCUUUCCUUUCCACUCGGUUGCACUUUAUACUUCAAUGAGAGAUUCGGAAUUGGAAGCUGUUGCCACCAAAGAAACUGAAGCAUCUUAACAGGGAUCACACCCAAAGAGGGAAGAACAGUGGAUGGAAGAGAGAGAGAGACGGAGAGUUUGAAGAGGAAGGAGGAUAAGAAGAUAAAGACUGGACAAAAGUGCCAGAGUAUACCAAGUCAAGGCGGAGUGCUAAAUCUAAACCACAUCCCCUCUCCCCCUCCCCACACAUACACCUACACACCCGCAUAGUCACACGUACACACACAAACACACACACAUACAGUCCUCAGCGAUGCCAAGGGGGCCUGAUCAGCCUGCUGUCUGCUCUGACAAGCCCCGCCUCUUCACCUCAGGCCCUUGAGGCCGUGUCCUCUGAGCUUUGACCUUUGACCUCCCCUUUGUCGACCUGGGAACCACAGGUCACCUGUUCUCCACUCAAACCGGGGACGCCCUCCUGCCCAGCCAGGAGCUGCAGCCACAAGCCACACUCACAGGCAUGGCUCCCAUUCGGGAUUCCGUCAGCCACUCCCCUAAUCAAACAGGCCUUGAGCAUCCUGGCUUGGACUCACAGUAUGAACCUUCCCCUUGGUCAUCUGGCUCUCCCUGCAGCAGUGACAGCAACAGCAACUGGGGCAAAGUCCUAGUGGACGGAAGCACUGACAAACCCAACAACCCUUCUUCAACCAACUCUUCCGUCUGGCCUCCCUCCUCCUCCUCAUUCUCUUGCUCCUCGUCUUCUUCCUCUUCUGGCUGUGGAUCAGGAUCAGACCCUGAGCUGGCAUCAGAAUGCAUGGACGCAGACUGUAGCUCCUCGAUCGGCUCAGAGAAAAGCCUCACUGCUGUUGCUGUGACAACAGUGAUGAUGAUGUCAGCAAAUGCUUCUUCCUCUGUGUCUUCUACAGCUUCCUCCCCCUCCUCCUCUUUGGUGACUUCUGCCAUGAUGGUUGGCGUUUCAGUGAAUGGAGACAGCAACGGCAACAGUCGCCAGGUUAUUGGUGGAGGGAUGGGAACCAUCAGCGGUGCAAAUAAUGGAAAUAACAACAUCACCGGGCCUUCCCACUACUCCGUGGCUGGGUCCAGCAGUAUUGGCAGCAAUAACAUGGGUAACCACAACAUCAAGCUCGUCAAUAACAGUGGUGUAUGGGGCACCCAGUCAGGCAGCAGCAUGAUCACCACAGGUGGAAGCACCCCCUGCAUCAAUGGAGGGUUAAACCCAAACACUUUAAACCCAAAUGCCAACCACGGUGCCUGGCCACAGAAUCCAACCCCAAGCCUAGUGUCCCAGGGCCAUCGGCCUCCACAGGCUCAGGGGAUGAGUUCCAAACUGGGUAUAGCUCCCCAACAGGGCCCCUUGCUGGGCUGGGGUGGCAUGGCAGCUCCAGACAACAGCAGUAUGAUGGAAGACACUGAGGUGAAUAAUGGUACAGCAAGCAGCAAGGUGUUAGGAAGCAGCAACAGUGGAAAUGGUGGCCUGCAGCCUACCAACCUUAACACUGAAUCCAAUGGACCAAAUAACACUAUUAUGAUGAAUACUACUACUACUACUACUACUAACGCCACAAUGACCUCUAGUCCACCAAACUCUACCGCCUCACCCCAACUCAGCGGGGAUUGUUCCUGGGGCUCCAUUGGAGGAGGGAAUGGGGGUCCGCUGGCCAAUGGAAAUCCCUCAUCAGCCCCCCAGAACCCCCAAGGAGAGCUGGGGGGUCCUGGGGCCUUCGGUACGCCUUGGGGCGCAACUACCUACCCUGGAGAAAAGGGCCCCCCAAAUGCAGACACUGUGAACCCCCAAAACCCUGCCUUAAUGCAGGCUGGGAACCCCCAAAUCUCUUCUUCUGCUGCUUACAAGAGUAAUAAUAACCACAAUAACACUGGGGCCCCACGCUGGGACCAGGGGCCCAUCAAUAACCCAAACCAGCCUCAGAGCAACUUGUCCUGGGGUGUCAGCUCCAAUCAAAUCCCAGGCUCUGCAGGCCAAACAUCAGGAAAUGGGAACCAAACUACGAUGGGCCCUCCAGCAGGGAUACCUCGUCCCUGGGGGAGCAGUGCUUCGUCUUCUUCCUCAUCUUCAUCAUCCUCUUCCACAUCGAACAACAAGAUGUCAAAUGGAGAAUGGGGAUCAGCAGCUCCUGGUAACAACCAUUCAGAUGUUGGAAGUCAGAAAGGAAACCCUGCCAACAAUGGCUGGAAGAGCCUGGAGGAUGACGCCAUGGGCAUGGGAGGUGGAGGGGGAGGAGGUGGAAGCCAUGGCUUGGGGAGUGUCACUGGAGGCUGGGGUCGCUCUGGAGGAAGUGAGGGCAGUGGAGAGAGCUCCGGAGGCCGAUCCAGCUCAGACAGAGACAGCAGCCAGCCAAAAGGGGGAAACCGCAGAAAAGGUACCCAUUCUGCAUCUAUAUUAUCAGCUCUGGCCCGGGCCGAUGUGGACCCAAGGGUUCUGUCCAACACUGGGUGGGGUCAGACACCCAUACGGCAGAACACUGCCUGGGAUGUCAAUUCUCCUACUAACAAUCAGCCCCAGGGUCCCAGAGGAGAUGAAAGAAAGCACAGCAGCGGAAGCUCAUGCUGGGGCACAGCAACACCGGCAGCUCCCUCCCAGACCUCUGGAGGCUGGGGGGGUAGGCCGGGCAGCUCAGGCGCAGAUACAGGAGGUUCUGGCUGGGGAGACCAGAGAUCAACCUCUGGGUGGGAGAGCAAAGUCCCAGCGAGUGGAGGAGGUGGGCAGAGUGGCUGGGAUGAUGGACCCAGCUACAAGGGUAGCAACACCAACAGUAACACAUGGAGCAACAACUUUAACAAAGAUGACAGGUCCAAUACUUGGACUAAUGCGCCCAAACCUCAGCAGGGCUGGGGUUCCAAUAGUGGAAAUGGAACUGAAGGCUGGGGUAGUGGUGGAGAUGGUGUCAGAGGAGGAGCCAACAACCACUGGGGGGAGCCCCAAAAAGGUGCGGGCUCAGUGGGCUGGGACAGUGACAGUGACCGGUCUGGCUCUGGAUGUUGGAGCGAGCCAAGCCGAACCAACACCAGCAGCAGCAACACCUGGGUAGGCAGUGGAGGAUCAAAUACUCCAGACCAGAGCACGCCAAACCCAGGCUCCAACUGGGGUGACUCAGUCCACAAACCAAAUCCUCAGAGUAACAGCCAGAGCUGGGGUGAGCCAAUGAAGAACAACCACGGAGCCCAGAACUGGGGUGAGCCAAAUCCCAAGCCCUCCAAUGAGUGGGGAAAAGGUCCUGAAUCCAGCAUGUCCAGAGGCAAUCAAGGCCCUAACAAACCCACAGGCUGGCUGGGAGGCCCCAUGCCCACCGUGGGUCAGAAGGAGGAAGUGGCGACUGGGUGGGAAGAGCCUUCUCCAGAGUCCAUACGGCGGAGGAUGGAGAUUGAUGAUGGCACUGCAGCUUGGGGAGACCCAGGCAAAUACAGUGGUGGAUCUGUCAACAUGUGGAACAGGACUAGCCAAUCAGACCAGGAGAACAUGGGCCUGUCCUCUCAGCACCAGUCCCACCCAGCUCACAGCUCAAUGCAUCCUCCUCAGCCAAAGCAGCCUCUUCCUCAGGACAAAAGCUGCAGUUCUGGUUGGGGUGAGCCAUACCCCCAGCAGAAGGAGUCUUCAUCAUGGGGGGAGCCUACUGCUGCACCGCCUGUUACGGUGGAUAACGGGACAUCUGCCUGGGGGAAGCCAAUGGACAGUAGCUCUGGCUGGGAUGAACCCAGUAGGGACAGCAGAGAGUCUGGGUCUGGAUGGGGUGGCCAGCAUAAAUCUGCACCAGGUCCCAAGCCCAUGGAGACAUGGUGUGGUGAGGAGGUGUCCAUGGGCAAUAGCUGGGACCAGGAAGAAGAGGUGGAGAUUGGCAUGUGGAGCAACAGCCAACAGGACAACAGGUCCCAUGACCAAAACACCUGGAACUACAAGCAUAAAGGCUCAAACAAGAUGAACAAACCAGUCAACAAACAGGAUGAACCCUGGAUGAAACCUUUCAUCAACCAGUUCAGCAGCAUGAACUUCCCUAGAGACUCUCCUGAUGACUCCAUGAAGACAGGAGCAGGGAUGGUGCAGGAUAAGCGUAUGGACAUGGGCAGUAUGGCAGACUUCAAUGGAGUAAUGGGGAAGAACCCUGGGUCUCGACACCAUCUCCACAAGGAGUCUGCCAUGGAUCGCAGCCCUUACUAUGACAAGAAUGUAAACUCUAUGUUGAGUGGCAGCAGCGUAGCACAGGGCCGAGGCGGCCCCCAGUCCCAGGUCCCCCCUCAACCCAACCUUCGUAACCAAGUGCCUCCACCCAUCCUGCCCUCUCAGGUCCCUCCAUCCCUGUUGAAGUACCCAGGAGGUAACGGAGGUCUGAACCCUCUGUUUGGCCCUCAGCAGGUGGCUGUUCUCAACCAACUCUCCCAGCUCAACCAGCUGUCACAACUCAACCAGAUCAACCAGUUACAGCGUCUUCUUCUCCAGCAGCAGCAGCAGCAGAAGGCUCAGAGCCAGAGAGCUAUGCCUGUGGGACGACAGACUGAACAGACACGUCCUAUUGGUUCGUCUCCAUCAAUGAUGCAGCCCCCACGUCAUCUGGACCCGUCUUUGCUGAAGCAGGCCCCACCUCUCAAACCGUACCUGGAUAACUACUUGUCCCACAAUACCCCUGAAAUGCAGAAGGAUGCUGCCGCUCUCGGAUCCUUCAGCAACUUCCCUUUAAGCUUGAACUCUAACCUGAAUGUAUCCCUGGACAUGGGUGUUGGUGGUGGUAGCAGUGGUGGCGGAGCUGUGAGCUACAAAGAGCCGCCCCAGUCCAGACUGAAGAAACUUUGGGCUACUGACCCUCUGGAGCAGAACAGCAAACCUGGUGCUAUGUCGUCUGGGCUGCGUCUGGAGGACUCUCCCUUCUAUGACUUCCUGUCUCCUGGCCCAUCUCCCCUGAGUCCUCCCGGCCAAUCAAUUGGCUCGGUGGGCGAUGGCUGGCCUCCCCGUGCCAACUCCCCCCCACCCCAUGGAAACACUGUCACCUGGCCCCCAGAGUUCCGGCCCGGGGAGCCUUGGAAAGGUUACCCAAACAUUGACCCUGAGACUGACCCCUAUGUGACCCCCGGCAGUGUCAUCAAUAACCUCUCCAUCAACACCGUCCACGACACAGACCACCUCAGGGACAGGAACAACGGGCCAUCCUCAUCACUGAACACCACGAUGCCUUCUAACAGUGCCUGGUCAUCCAUUCGUGCCUCCAGCCACAGCGGUUCCCUCACCAGUACAGCACAAAGCACUUCAGCCAGACCCAGUGAGUCAAAGUGGUCUCCUGGCGGCGGUUCUGUGUCCAACUCCUCCCUAGCCCAUGAUCUGUGGAAGGUCCCCCUGCCUCCCAAGGCACUGUCUGUGGCAGCCCCCUCCAGACCACCACCUGGCCUCACCAGCCAGAAGCCCAGCCCUGCCUCCUCUGGCUGGGAUGCCUCUGCCCUGAGGUUGGGGGGGUGGGGCUCCUCUGAGUCCAGAUACACGCCUGGUUCCAGUUGGGGUGACAGCAGCAGCUCAGGGAGAACCCAAUGGCUUGUUCUGAAAAAUCUCACACCCCAGAUUGAUGGCUCUACCCUGAGGACCCUGUGCAUGCAGCACGGCCCUCUGAUCACAUUCCACCUCAACCUGCCGCACGGUAACGCCGUGGUAUGCUACAGCUCCAAGGAUGAGGCCGCCAAGGCCCAGAAGCGCCUGCACAUGUGUGUUUUGGGGAACACUACUAUUCUGGCUGAGUUUGCCAGCGAGGAGGAAAUCAACCGUUUCUUUGCACAAGGGCAGUCACUGGCCACUCCCUCCUCCGGCUGGCAGGCCAUCGGCUCCUCUCAGAGCAGAAUGGAUCAGUCUCACCCCUUUCCCAGCCGCGCUCCUGAACCUAACCAGUGGAACAGCAGCGAUCUCCACAGCUCCUCCCUCUGGGGCGGGCCCAACUAUUCCAGUAGCCUGUGGGGGAGCCCCAGUGGCACCGAGGCGGGGAGGAUCAGCAGCCCCUCUCCAAUCAGCUCCUUCCUCCCAGUGGAUCACCUAACAGGGGGAGGGGACUCCAUGUGAACCACCUGCCAAUCAAACAGGCUGGGGGAAGGUUCAGUAGAGAAUUAUCAAUAAUCAGCAGAAGAAAAUGAAAAAAAAAUGUAGUUAUAAAUGCAACGGCACUAGUUGGACUUUCUCACUUACAAGAUAUUCAACAAAACGGGGUCUCCCCUGUGGAUAACAAGUUACGUUUCUCUCUGCACAUAUGUCCACUUUGUUUUAGCCCAAAAACAUAUCAGUCGGAAUACUUGAAUCAUGCAGGCCAAUUCUAUAAUGUGAACGGAUGAAUAUUUGCUUCCAGGUAGUGCUCUUUCAGACCGAAAAAAGCUUCAAUCGAGCUCAUUAUUAUAUAUAUAUUUUUUGUUUCAUUCAUCAUGUUUGUUUUGA